UGCCGUCGCUUAUCGGCGGUGGCAUCUUGUGCGAAAAAAACAACACAAACCGACACACAGAGUGAGCAGCUUGCCGUCUCUCUCGACGUGUCUGUCGUGUCGGCGGUGUGAUCGGUAAUGGAGUGCAUACAUUAAAGAAAUUGGGUUUUCGGAGCAAAAUCCUUGUCUAAACACCAGCAAUUCUAGUUCCUUUACGUGUGAAAGCAUAAAUCUAGACAGAAAUGUUUUCAGUUUUAGUGCACAAACUUCCAGCGAUGCUGAUCGUUGCCGUUUUGCUGAUCUCGGGAGCCACAAACGCUUUGGGCCGAUGUCCGGUGCCCACCAAACACUACACGACCCUCGGGUGCGAACCGGCGGCCGAGCAAAACGCACAGGGCUGCCCACUAUGGUUCAACUGUUCGAUGCUGGAACGGCGCGCCCAUGAUAAGUGUUAUCUGUUCGGCAAAACGUACGAACUGCACGCGCACGUCCCGGACGAGAAGGUGAAAUCGUCCUGCCUGGCCCUGUGCACAUGCCAAAUGAACUCACGGCGCGCCGUUGCCGAAUUCCACUGCGCCCACAUCGACUGUCCGGAGUUCCUGUCGCCGCACCGGGCCGGCUGUGUGCGCCAGUACCGCACGAACGAUUGCUGCUCGUCCCGGCAGGCGUGCGGCGAGAAGCGCACCAAUCUGCCCCGCUGUACGGUGGGCGCGGUGACGUACUACGAGGGCGAACGGAUGCAGCUGCCGGACGACCCGUGCCAGACGUGCAUCUGUACGCAGCAUUUCAACGCGAGCGACCCACACGGCCACACGAAAUGCUACACGAACGCGUGUGCGUUCGAGCUGAUAGCGCCGUCGGUGCUGGCGCACGGUGCGGCCCCGGUCUACUACGGCAAUCGGUGCUGCCCGUGGGAGUGGCGACUGCCAAAAGCAAGCGAUCGUAUCCGGCGGGACGUGGGAACGGAGAGCUCAAACGCUUUGGAAGAGUGGACGGUUCGAGACAGCUGCACGUACGGUAACUUGACGCUGAGCGUAGGGGAGUCACUGGUGGCGGAUGUGACGCCGGUCGGCAUUUACCAGUGCUUCUGUGCCAUCCCCCCGAUGGUCCACUGUACCUUAACGGCAAACUAA